AUGAAACGCUCACGAGAGGCCGAAGGGGAACAGUCUUCCUCUGGCUAUCCGGCAGAUAGGGAGGGCAGUUCAGAGACGCUCGUGACAGAUGACCGCGUCACCAAAUUCACAGAACUGGAACAUUUAGCCGAGACGGCGGCACCUGACAGGGUUGCGAUGAAAUGCUCCAUGCCACCUCACAAAGAGGCUCUGACUUUCAAAUCAUACGACGAAUAUGAGGCGCAUUACGUGAAGACGCACACAAACAGGUGUCUGGAGUGCGGGAGGAACCUGCCGUCGGAGCAUCUGCUCAACGUCCAUCACGAGGAGUGCCACGAUUCCUUCGCCGCUGUCAGGCGGGAAAGAGGAGAGCACACGUAUUCCUGUUUCGUCGAAGGCUGCGAAAGAAAAUGCAUGACGCCGCGGAAACGUCGCAUGCAUCUCAUUGACAAACACAGCUUUCCCAAAAACUACUUCUUCGGUUUGACAAGAGAGGGCAUCGACGGGCGACGGUCAUUGCUCGUUGAAGGCGGUCACCACCAACGGAAAUCGUCUGGCACUUUCAGCACGACUAAGGAGUCAAAACGCAGAUCGAGCAUCUUGGAGUCGUCCACGUCGCAAGGCAAACAAUCACAGACAGGGAAUGAUGCCAUCAAGACAUCCAAGGAGCCAGGGCUCACCGAGUCAGCAAUCGCAGAACAUCUAGAUACGGAAAUGGAUGACCUCGCCGGCGCCAUGUCGGCGCUGCAGUUCGUCCCCAACAGCGUGCGGUUCGGAAGGGGCGGUGGGCGGGCUGGCUUUGCAAAACGAUGA